AUGGCAUCUACAACGACUUCAUCGGUUGCCAGCGAGCACUUACCUGCCUCUAGCAGUGCGGAAGGCGACUUAAAUGUGGACUGGUUAUUACACAAAAAAGACCCACAUAGUAAUCUGAAGCGCUCUGCUUCCACCACCUCACGAUCCAACAAGUCAGAAACAGAUUACAAGGAUAAACUCAAGCAACCUUCUCCAGCCUCAUCUGUACAUCAUGAGGAUUCGAUAGACCCUUUACAGAAGCCAUACAACGAACCUCAAACGAACGGGACGAUCAAGCCACAGGCCCAACUUCCCUCCAUAAACGAACCAAAGUCAGACCCGGCCGCCGUACCCCAGCAUGCACAAACACCUUCUGCACCUCCGAAGCAGGCACCUCUACAGAAGUCAGCACCUCAGGAAGAAAGCAAACACAGCAGACUCUCGUUGAAGAAAGAUGGACGUCGAUCGUCGUGGCUUUCCAGUCUUGGCUCAAAGCUUUCAGGUUCGAGCGAAAAGUCCUCUCGAAGUAGUAGUGUUACCUCUCUCGGCAGUAACAAGACCAAGAGUCCCCAGCCAAGUCCUUAUAUCGAGAAGUCGAACCCUUUCGAAAACGUAAAACCAGAUCAAGCAGCUGCGCUUGCUGAUGAGCAGAAGCCUGUUCACGUUGGCCCAAGAAGGCCUUCUGUGCUUGUAGCUGCAGGUAGCGAGACGAAGUUGGACCACACAGGCUUCCUCACAAAUGCCUUGCGCCGGUUGUCCUCAGGCAACACAGCUACUUUGGGAAAAGGAGGAGCGACUACUGGUGCGAUAUGUCCUCGGAGAGUGUUGAACAUCGACCCAAAUCGGCCCAGGACGAAGAUCGCAGACUUUGACCAGAGCAAGUUGAGGCGUGUGGCUUUCAAAGUCGACGUGGAAAUUGCUGGUAUAGCUGCACAGGCAGACGAACAAGACGGAGGCAAGGCUCCGAACAAUGGGCCUGCAGGCUUUGGAGACGAAUCCUCUCUUUCGAAAGACACCAAGAUGGCAAAGUACAAGGACAGAAGCGAAGGCGCUGCUCUUAAGAAGACCAGUGAUCGCGAAGCCACGGAUGCGCCCGAAUCUGCGCCCCCAGUCCAAGCGAAGAUGGAAGCCAAGGAAGAAGAAAAGAAAGAGCGGGUCAAACAAGAUACUCAGGAGGACAUAAAGGACAACGCAGACCAGCAAGCAGAUGACAAAGACAAGUCUGCUACCGAGCCGACGACUACCCGUAAGAAGGAAAAGAAGAAACGGUCGGAAGUCGAGCGGAAAGAACGAAAGGAGAAGAAGCGACGCCAGGCUGAGGACAAUGGUCUCAUUCCGCUUGAACUUACUGUUGAUAAGGACUCGGAUUCAGAUUCGAGCGGCAUCAAUCCUACACCACCUGGCGCAACUACGCCCAUCAGAAGGGGUCAGCCAACAACGGAUCCCUUGAGAAUCUACAAGAGGUGCUGUCAGCUUCGUGAGACUGGAGCACUGACAAAUGUAAAGGACCAAAUUUCCAAGCCGUCAGCGACCCUGGCUGAGACCCUUGGCACCGUUGCAGUCAUUGACCUCACCGGGCAUGAAAUGUCGUUGGCUGAUAUCCAGACUCUGGGUGACUGGCUAGCCGUCGUGCCUGUAAGAAAAUUGGUACUUGACGACUGCAACCUAUCUGACGAAGCAGUACGCAUCAUACUGUCCGGAUUGACAGGUUGCAAGACUGCGGACCAAGCACGAUCGAACCGCAAGUUGCCACGACGAGCUGGUAAGUCAGGCAUUGAGGCAUUGGGUGUGAUCGAAAGGCUCUCGAUGAAGAACAACACGGCCAUUUCGGCCAUUGGAUGGAAGCACAUUGCUCUAUUUAUCCACCUGUGCCAGUCUUUACGAGCUAUCGACUUGUCAGGCAUACCUUUCCCUGCUAAUGCAAGCAGCGAUCUUUCUCGCACAAGCACCACUUCUUCUAACCUUGUAGGUUCUCAAGAACUACCACCGAAGCGCAUGAAUCUCAGUCAGCUUUUGAACCGUGCAAUUUCGGAGAGGUAUGGGGAUCGCUUGGAAGAAUUGAUUCUAAGUCGUUGCGAUAUCACAAGUCAAACUGUGUCGGACUUGGUAGACAGCAUAAUCAAGUGCAAGGUGAAACGACUGGGUCUGGCAGAAAACAACCUGAAUGAGGAGGCGAUUGUCCAUAUUGUUCGAUAUGUGAUGUCUGGUAUCUGCGAAGGACUAGAUACCAGUGGUAAUGAUCUUAACGGGACAGGCCACCUGCUCACAGAAGUCCUAGAUGAUAGGAACCCACUGUUCGCGAUAAGUGUAGCAGAUUGCAACCUGAGCGUCGACGACCUGCGAGCAAUGCUGCAACAUUUAUCUUUGUUGCAGAAUUUCAAGUUCAUCGACUUGUCGAGAAAUCAUGAGUUAUUCGAAGGUCCGAAAGAUGUUGUGCCCCUACUUCGACGGCGCCUACCACAAAUGAAAGAACUUAAGCGAAUACAUCUCGCAGAUGUGGGUAUGACCCCGACUCAACUCAUCUCAUUGGCAGAGAUUUUCCCUGAUUGUCCUGCGCUUGGACAUGUCAGCGUCCUGGACAAUCAAAGGCUAAUCGAAUGCAUGAACUCGACACAGGCAGAUGCACAAGAAGAGGCGUGUGCUGUCUUUGUGUCGUUGAUGACUGCCGUACGUGCAUCGAAGACGCUUGUGGCAGUCGAAAUCGAGGUACCGAGCCAGGAAAGUAGCGAAGUUGUCAAGGCACUGUCAUCACAAGUUGUGGCAUACAGUUUGCGGAACCUCGAACAUACCACAUUACCCGAAAUUGGGGUGCAUCAAGACAAAACUACACCCACAAAACUUGACAAGCAAGCUCCGGAAGUUCUCCUGCAUGUUGUCGGUCAUAUGGAAGGAUACGACGAAAAUCACGACAACGAUGAGCCCGCGCCUGACGAAGACUACAUGAUGGCCACAAAUGGUAUUGUUAGAGCCUUGGGAGUGUGUUUAGGCAACAAGGAAGCGAGUCGAGCCUAUUCUCGGAAUAUCAGUCCUGCUGCUAGUGGCACAGUAACUCCACGCUCGGGCGCUGUCCGACCUCCAGGAGCUAGAAAGCCUAAGGACGUCAGCUUGGAGCUCUGUGAAAGUGCCAGGAAGAUUCGGCUACGAUUGCGUCCUGCUAUGGUAAAGGAGGACCAAGCAGGGAACAACGAGGGAUACCGUCGUCUGAUGUAUCUAGACCAAACUCUUCAGCGUAUUAUCAAGCGCUUUGAGGACGAAUAUCCUGAGUCAAGACCACGACAAUCACCAUCAGUCCUCUCAAUCGACUCCCCUAAAUCGGCCGAAGCAGACCAAUAUGGUCCAUUGUCACGUCUAACCUCGCUUGACGACGAGCGAGCAGACGCAGAACAUGCUCAAGAGUCAGAUCCGUACAGCCUCAGUCUCGCUCGCACCGGUUCUCACACAUCUCUGGCUGCUCGUGCACAAGUCGAAGAGGAAGGUCGAAUGCACCGGUUUGGCCAACACUUCCGGCGCGAGGUGCUCAAGCCAUCUGGCACCGACGAUGCUCUCCACGGCACAUCUAUUGACGACGCACCUGAAGGGGCCUCCCCGGCUGCCCUACGAGCACGUCUCGAGACCAUGAACGGCGACGCAAUCCGUGCGCAGGUGGAGAUGUACGGAGCAGACGACGUCGUCAAAGAGUUAGGUAUCAAUCUACAACAACUGAGGAUGCUGGAAGAGGAGGAUCCCGAAGGCUUUGCGAGGUUAAGAGAUAGUCAGCUUGCUGCAUUGUUCAACUCCGGGAAGCUAGACGGAGACGGAUUUGAGAGGGGAAGAAGUAGUGAAGCUCAUACGACGAACGGAUCGAUGUUCAGUGCGUUGACGCAUUAA